GGUUUCAUUGGGGAGACACGCAUUUAAUCAGUCCCUUUCAUUGAAUGGUUAUUCAUUAUGAAUGAAAUUAAUUUUUUUGAUCCGUUGGAAGGUAAUGAUACAUUACCAUUAUAUUGUAUCUGUUGUCUUGAUUAUGGUUCUCUACCUACCAUAUUAUUACAUAGUCUACCUGUGAAGGUGCAACGAUUGAUUGUAAAUCGUUUAGCUCACACAAACCUACCACAAUUCAUUCUAACAACUCAUAAAGGAGGUCAUUGGUCUUUGGUCCAAUUACAUUAUACCAGUCAUAAUAUUAAUGACAAUAAUAGUAAUAAUAAUAAUAAUUCACAAACAAUUCCGUCAAAUUCUACUCCAUCUCUGAAUGAAUCUCAUAUGGCUAAUUGUUUGGAUAGUUUGAACGAGCUAAAGGAUGUUGAUUCAGAAUCACCUGUGUGCACAAAUUGUGUAUCAUCAAUUGAAUUCAACCUAGAUCCAUAUACUACUGCGUAUUUUUCCGAUUCUUACGUGAAAUUUAUGUUGACAACCAAAACAUCAGACAAAAAUUGGCACUGUCCAUUUUGUAAAGCCAGCUACAGUCUUAUUAGCAGUGAUCGAGUGAAUAUUUUAGAACGACAUUUACGCUUACAUGCGGAAAUUCGUUGUUGUGUAGAUUGUGUAACCAUAUUACCAAAUAAUACAUAUUCACUUAAUUGUGAAUCAGCAUGUAUACAUAAUUGUGAUGAAUUGGUUAGUUCUCAAAUCAAAGACGAUUAUCAACAAUAUCAAUAUGCUAACAGCAAUUCCAUCGACUUGCCUCACAAGACAAUGAAUUUACCUGCACCUGAUGAUUGUAAUGAUCAACCAGAAAAUAAUGAUGUAUUUCCCACAUUUCACCGUGAUAAUAGUCAAAUUCAACUUCGAAAAUGUGAUGUACCUCUGAACUCGAUUGCUAAAACUUCGUGUACAUAUUUUAGUGCCGGGAAUUGGCGACGAAUUUGCACAAAGUGUAAAGUCGGCUUCAAAACACCGGCACACUAUCAACAACAUUUAAAAAAUGUUCAUCGAGGUAAAAAGUUUCUUUGUCAAGAUUGUGGUGUUUUUUUCAGUACGAAAGGGAAUUUAACGACACAUUUUAACCAAAUUCAUAAUCAAAAUGCCAGUUUACCGUGUCCUAUCUGUGAGAAAUAUCUUAGUAAUAGAUUUAAUUUAGAUCGCCAUAUACGUUCAGUUCAUUCAGAUUAUGAGAUUUCCUCAAAUUCAUCUUUAAAAGUAAAUAGUGUUCCAGUCUCUAAUAAUAAUGAAGAUGCACAUCUAACUAACUCUAUGACUGUUGAAAAUCCGAAUGAACCUCCACGUGGAUAUUAUCUUUAUUUAUCUGAUUCUGAUUGUCAACAAUCAAUCAACACAAAUUCACCAACAUCAUAUAUAAAUUCAAAUGAAAAUACACAAUCUGUAUUGCCAUUAAUUUCUCCGACAGUCGAUUCAAAAUCUGUCUCAUUAGUAGCAGAUAUUAGCCUAACACCAUGUGGUCCAUCAAAUCCAGAUGCCCAACUUGGCGUUGGCGGUAAAUUGUGGAAGCAAAAUAUAAAUUUUGUACAGUCUCCAAAAUCUACUAUUUCUAAAAGUUUCCAUCUAUGUUAGAUAACAUUAGUUGAUGGUUGCCAUUUUUGCCUUUUCGUUGUUGUUAGACCUUUAAUUCUACACUUUCUUUUUGUUCUAAAAAGGAAAUAUUAAAGUACUCUACGAUAAUUAUUUAUACGUAAAUCAAACCCGUCUAAUUAUCACUGUACAUAGUAGGGAAACGUAACUAGCUUGAAACAUUGACAGUUAAUAGGUAUUUCUACAAUGUAAAAUCUUCUUGUAUUAUGUAACUGAAGAUUUUCACUAUAAAGAAAAUUAC